GUCUUUUAUUCGGUGUCGACGCACUCUGGACGCUUCCUUCUCCUCCUCUAUCCCUUCCCCUGCCGCCGACGGGGAGAGAUUGAAGAAAUCUAAGGAUUCCUAUUCCAUAAUUUGCAGAAUGACGAGCUUUGGGUUCCACUCAAUCGGUGUUCUGCUCGUCAUCUUCAUCGUCUGUUCGGCGCCGUUCGAAUGUGUUGGGGUUCGGGAUUUCGCGGCGAAAACAGGGGAGGAUUCCGGCGGGUCCGAGUAUUCCGAGGCGCCGGAGUACCGGAACGGCGCCGAAUGUCCGGCGGCGAUGUGGCACUCCUGCGAUCCGUCGCUCGUGCACGUGGCGAUGACCCUCGACUCAGAGUACCUCCGUGGGUCGGUGGCGGCGGUGCACUCCGUCCUCCGCCACGCUUCCUGCCCGGAGCACGUGUUCUUCCACUUCAUCGCCGCCGAAUUCGAUCCGGUCACUCCCCGGGUCCUGACCCGGCAAGUCCGGUCCAUAUUCCCCUCCCUCAGCUUCAAAGUCUACGUCUUCAGAGAGGACCGGGUCAUCCACCUGAUCUCCGCCUCGAUCCGGCGGGCGCUGGAGAGCCCGCUGAACUACGCCCGGAACUACCUCGGCGACAUUCUCGACCCGUGCGUGAACCGGGUCAUCUACCUGGAUUCUGACGUCAUCCUCGUCGACGACAUCAGCAAGCUCUGGCGAGUCCCCUUGACCCGGUCACGGGUAAUCGGGGCUCCGGAAUACUGCCACGCCAAUUUCACCAAAUACUUCACCGACACGUUCUGGUCCGACCCGGUCCUCCCGCGGGUAUUCGGGUCGGGCCGUCCCUGUUACUUCAACACGGGAGUGAUGGUGAUGGACCUCGGGAAAUGGCGGGCCGGGAACUACGGGAGGAAGCUGGAGCGGUGGAUGGCGGUGCAGAGGAAGAAGAGGAUAUAUGAGUUGGGCUCGCUGCCGCCGUUCUUGUUGGUCUUUGGUGGGCUGAUUGAGCCCAUUGAUCACAGGUGGAACCAACACGGGCUCGGAGGAGACAACAUGUUGGGCUCUUGUAGGGCCCUACAUCCAGGCCCAGUGAGCCUACUGCAUUGGAGCGGAAAAGGAAAGCCGUGGGCCAGGCUUGACGAGAAGAAGCCUUGUCCGUUGGAUCAUCUCUGGGUACCGUACGAUCUGUACAGGCCCAAUAAGCACGGGGAAUGAAUGGAUGAAUGAAUGUUAUGGUUUAUGGAAGCAUUGUGGUAGUAAUAGUAUUAGUACGGAGCAUUUCAUUUGAUUUAUUUCUUUUUUUUUAGGAGAAGAAGAUUUUAGGGUGCUUAGUUGUAUUCUUUCGUGUUUAAUGAAAUGUAUUCUCUGUAUUUUCAACCAAAACAUUAAUUCUUUUUUUGGCAUUGCUUGAACGCUCGCCU